UUUUCUUAUAUAACACUUGCAUUAACUCCAUUGCUGCAGCUCCAAAUCCUUCAUUCUUCCGCUUUCUCUUGGGGUUGUUCUUGAAUUAGUUUUACAUUGACAUGGCUGGGGAAACGAAAAAGCGAAAAAGGAAGGGCGUUAGUGACUCAUCCCAAAAAGAGAAAAGUCCUAAAAAACAAUGCAGCAAGGGAGUGAAAUUGAAACCGAAAUUGCAAGUUAAGAGUGGUAAUUCCGAAUCGAAACAUAUGAAGAAAUGUUUUGAUCGUCCAGGUGAAGGGAAGGGGAAUAUCUCGAGAAGAAAAAGCAUUGUUAAGAAAGCAAUAAUGCAAAAGACCAAGUCCUUGAAGAAGCAAUCUGAAUUAAAAACCUCUCGAAAGGAUGAACCUGAGGUAAAAAACUCGAAGGAUGGUGGAAAAAGGGAUAGCAGUGAUGUGGGCUUGCAGAAGGUUAAGAGAAGGAAAAGGCGAAAUAGGAGGAAUGAAAAUCUGGAGCUUGAUGAAGCAUCAAGGUUGCAAAGGAGGACAAGGUACCUGUUGAUUAAAGUUAAGCUGGAGCAGAACCUUAUUGAUGCUUAUUCUGCAGAAGGCUGGAAGGGGCACAGUCGAGAGAAGAUUAAGCCAGAAAAAGAACUGGAAAGGGCCAAGAAGCAAAUAUUGAAAUGCAAACUUGGAAUACGUGAAGCCAUUUGCCAGUUGGAUGGGCUUAGCUCUGUUGGACAUAUCGAAGAUUCAGCUGUUGCUCCAGAUGGAUCAGUUCAUCAUGAACAUAUAAUAUGUGCAAAAUGCAAGUUGCGUGAAGCUUUCCCUGAUAAUGAUAUCGUACUAUGCGACGGGACAUGCAAUUGUGCUUUUCACCAAAAAUGUCUCGAUCCACCUCUGUCUACUGAAAACAUUCCUCCAGGAGAUGAAGGCUGGUUUUGUAGAUAUUGUAAGAGUAAGAUGGAAAUAUUGGAAGUUACAAAUGCUCAUCUUGGGACCAACUUCCCCUUGGACAGCAAUUGGCAGGAUAUCUUCAAGGAAGAAGCUGCUUUAUUAGACGGCAAGGAGUCCUUGCUGUGCCCGGAAGAGGAAUGGCCAUCUGAUGACUCUGAAGAUGUUGACUAUGAUCCAGAAGGAAGGGAGUUUCAUAGUCCUAACAGCAUGUCUGGCUCUGGAUCUGAUUCUAGUGUUGAUGCUAGCAGUUCCAACAGUUUAAGUUCAAUUGAAGAUGACGUUCUCUUGCUUUCUGAAAGACUAGAUAAGAGGCACAUGGUCUCUGAAGGUAAUAUUGCUGGAGUCGAAUCGGAUGAAGCAACUGAUUGUGAAGUUCUAUCCGGUCCAAGACAGCGAAAAGCUGUGGAUUAUAUAAAGUUACAUGAUGAAAUGUUUGGAAAGAAUGCUGUUGUGAGUGAACAAAUUAGUGAAGAUGAAGAUUGGGGUCCUUCUAGAAGAAAACAUAGAGGAAAAGAGUCUAAUGUGGAAAGUACUGUUGUCACUACUGGGGAUAACCCUGGCACCUCUGCAGAAGUGAAAAAGAAACUAUCAAGUGGGAGAAGUAAAAGGCCAAUUUUCAGAUUUCCUCGACAUGUGGUUGAGAAACUUCGUGUUGUGUUUGCAGAGAAUGAACUUCCUUCUAGAACUAUCAGGGAUAAUCUUUCAAGGCAGCUAGGUCUCGAAUCUGAGAAGGUAAACAAAUGGUUCAAGAAUGCACGUUACCUUGCACUGAAAGCUAGAAAGAAAGCAAAAAGACUUAAUGCUUCUGGUCCAACAGUGUCAAAAGAAUCUGUGUCACGUAGUGGAGAGGACAAAUCUGCUGAUCCAGUGACAUCAGAGAAUGUUGCUAUAGAGCAUGAACUGGAAUCUCCUGGUUUGAAGAGUUCCAGCAGGAGAAAGACUGCACACCUAAUGGCCAGUGCUUUCACAAGAAAGAGGCAUAAGACUGCACUACCCCCAACCAACAACAAGACCCCUGCAGAUUUUGGCGAUGAUGUAUGCUUGAAGCUUCUGAGAGAAAAAGUCAAGAAGAAAAAGAAAAUGAAUAUCAAGAGAACUGUUAUGCUGGAGGCAGAGGCGGAGAUGGAGAGGCUAUGUAAAAUGAAGGACAAGAUAGAAAAGCUCCAGCAAGUGCUGCUCAGGCUACCAAGUAGCAGAUCUAGUAAAGCGGAUGCAGCUGCUUUAAAUGAAUUAGCUAUUAUUUAUGUGCCAGUUGCUGAGCUAAGGGAGAAAAGGUAGUUUAUGCCCUUUUUUUACAUAAUUUGUGGCCCUUAAAAGGGGUUUUGUAACAUGAAAUCUGGCAAUCUGCCAUAGCAAUUAGGGAAGUCUAUAUCUGUUUCCCCAUGUGAGUUAUUUUUACGGAGCAAGAUUUCCACUUGUAUGCAAGUUUACAUGGGAAUAUUAAUAUGCAUGGCAUACUAGUUGGUUUUCUGAAAUAAGAAAAGGCGUUUAAAACUGCAUGAU